ACCAAAUGCUGCCAAAUCUUGCAAUUUCUGGCCCCUCACGCACACAAGAAAAACGCGAACUAAUUCUGGAGAGAGAAAAAAUCCAAUCUUUCCUCCCCCUCGCAGGCACAGCCCACAUCCCUGUCCGGAAUAAUGCUCUCGCGCGAAUUCCUCACAUCUCACCAUCUCUUCCUCCUAUCCACAAGCCAGCGGCGCCUCCGCCUAUGGGUGAUGUGUUCUUGAUCAAAAUCCCAAGGACGGACCGGUCCGCCGAAUCUGCCCUGUGGGUUAGAAAGUGUGAUCAAAAUCCCAUCUUGCCGAUGGUUUCGGAGGAUUGAUGUUCUUGGAGAGCGAAUCGGGGGCAAGCUCUGAUCCCGCCGUCCUGUGGCGCGAGUGAGCCCGUCAGCCUGGAACUCGAGAAUUUCUCGCCUCUUUCCAUGUGUUGCCAGUUUGUAAAAUUCUGCUGUUGAUUUGUUUGCACUCUGAACCCAUGGAGAUGGGUUCAAGAAAUGAGCAUUCUGGUAAGGGGGCAAUGUGGGAGCUGGAACGGAAUCUUGAUCAACCCAUGGAUGCAGAGGCUGGGAGACUGAGGAAUAUGUACAGAGAAAAGACCUAUCCAACAAUUUUGAUGCUACGACUAGCUUUCCAAAGCCUUGGUGUGGUAUUUGGAGACUUAGGCACAUCACCUCUAUAUGUUUUCUGCAAUAUCUUUCCUCAUGACACCAUAGAAGAUACAGAACAAGUUAUUGGAGCGCUCUCCCUUAUAAUCUACUCCCUGACACUCAUUCCACUUGUUAAAUAUGUUUUCAUUGUAUUGAGAGCAAAUGAUAAUGGGCAAGGUGGAACAUUUGCUCUUUAUUCACUUCUUUGCCGUCAUGCAAAGAUAAAUAUUAUUCCAAAUCAACACAGAACCGACGAAGAGCUAACAACAUACAGUCGUCGUAGAUAUGAAGAGAAGUCUCUUGCUGCAAAAAUCCAAAGAUGGUUAGAGGGGAACCAAUUCAGAAAGAAUGUAAUUCUUAUUCUUGUACUGUUCGGAACUUGUAUGGCUGUUGGAGAUGGAAUACUCACUCCUGCCAUAUCAGUUCUUUCUGCGACUGGUGGAAUACAAGUCGAAGAAACCAGAAUGAGAAAUGAUGUCGUUGUAAUUAUCUCCGUGGUGAUAUUGAUUGGACUGUUCAGCAUGCAGCACUAUGGCACUGAUAAAGUCAGUUGGCUCUUCGCACCAAUAGUAUUUGUUUGGUUCAUAUUGAUUGGGGUCCUUGGUGCUGUAAACAUUUGCAAAUAUGAUCAUUCGGUUCUUAAGGCUUUCAAUCCUAUCUAUGUAUAUCGUUACUUUAAACGAGGGAAGGAUAGUUGGGCUUCUUUAGGUGGAAUUAUGCUCAGCAUAACAGGCACAGAAGCACUAUUUGCAGACCUUUCAUAUUUUCCUGUACAAGCUAUUCAGAUUGCUUUCACUAUGGUUGUGUUCCCAUGCCUUCUUUUGCAAUAUACUGGUCAGGCUGCGUUUAUAGCUUCAAACAAAUCACAAGUCAACCAUGCUUUCUAUUAUUCUCUUCCAGCUUGUAUCCUUUGGCCAGCAUUUGUCGUUGCAACAGCGGCUGCAAUAGUUGCUAGUCAGGCCACUAUAUCUGCAACAUAUUCGAUUAUCAAGCAAGCACUUGCCCUAGGGUGCUUUCCACGAGUGAAGAUCAUCCAUACUUCCAAGAAGUAUCUCGGCCAGAUAUACAGCCCUGACAUUAAUUGGAUCCUGAUGGUUUUCUGCAUAGCUGUCACCGCAGGGUUCAAAAAACAGUCCCAGAUUGCAAAUGCGUAUGGCACUGCCGUGAUCAUGGUCAUGCUUGUGACAACAUUUCUGAUGAUCCCCAUCAUGCUGCUGGUGUGGCGCAGCCAUUGGACGCUGGUCGUCAUCUUCACCGUGCUGUCGUUGCUCGUCGAGAUCCCGUACUUCUCUGCCGUCGUGCGCAAGAUCGACCAGGGCGGCUGGGUGCCGCUGGUGUUCGCCGCAGCCUUCCUGAUAAUCAUGUACGUCUGGCACUACGGCACCCUGAAGCGCUACGAGUUCGAGAUGCACAGCAAGGUGUCCAUAGCCUGGAUCCUGGGGCUCGGUCCAAGCCUUGGCCUUGUCAGGGUCCCCGGGAUAGGCCUGGUGUACACCGAGCUCGCCAGUGGCGUCCCUCACAUCUUCUCGCACUUCAUCACCAACCUGCCGGCGAUCCACUCCACCCUGGUGUUCGUCUGCGUCAAGUACCUGCCGGUCUACACCGUGCCGCUGGACGAGAGGUUCCUGGUGAAGAGGAUCGGCCCCAAGAACUUCCACAUGUUCCGGUGCGUCGCGCGGUACGGCUACAAGGACAUCCACAGGAAAGACGACGACUUUGAGAAGAUGCUGUUCGACAGCCUGCUGCUCUUCGUCAGGCUGGAGAGCAUGAUGGAGGAGUACAGCGACUCCGAGGAGUACAGCACCCGGGAGCUCAGCAAUGGCGUGACCACCACCAGCUCCAUCGUCAACAACAACAACAUUGAGCAGAUGAACUACACGUCCUCCCAUGACUCCAUCGUGCCGGCGCAAUCCCCCUCCAACAACACAGGCAGCAGCAGCCAGGUGGCGCCGGCGCCGGCGUCGGGGCAGGCGGCGUUCCAGAGCGUCGGCGACGAGAUCUCGUUCCUGAACGCGUGCAGGGACGCCGGGGUGGUGCACAUCCUCGGGAACACGGUGAUCAGAGCUCGCAGGGACUCGGGGUUCAUCAAGAAGCUGGCCAUCAACUACCUGUAUGCUUUCCUAAGGAAGAUCUGCAGGGAGAACAGUGCCAUCUUCAAUGUGCCCCAUGAGAGCUUGCUCAAUGUUGGGCAGGUCUUCUACGUGUAAUAUACUGCAUCAGAGUUGGAACAGCUUGCAUCGAUUCCUGCCCAUCUGUCUGCAUCGUAUUGUGCAUUCAUAGCAUGAGAGUUGUAUUGUUGCAGAUGGUGUGGUAGACCCAUGCAGGCUUGCAACAUGUGUUAUUCAGAGCUCUGUCACUAUUGCAGGACUUGUUUUAAUGACACAAGAUAUGAUGUUCGACAAAAUAAACAAGUCCCUGAUCCCUCGAA